AUGUCCCUUCGCACAUGCCUUGAUAUCGGAAACUGGCAUUCUAAAACGCCAGUGGAAAAAGCUGUGGACAUUUUUGACUUCGACUAUAAAUAUGGAAUUAGCCCUGACGUUACUUCGUGUUAUUUUAGGGGCAUUUCAGACCGAGUCGAUAGCAGUUUCUAUGUCCGUGAUGACAGAGGGUAUGAGUUCAUACUUAAGAAAUACGUGGAGAACGUACUUCAAGAGAACGACCAACGUAUUCGUCUGAACGAAACCGUUAAAACGAUCAACUACACUGACACCAAUGUGUCUGUAACUACCGCAAGCGGGAAGAUCUUCACGGCUGACUUCGUGAUUGUUACUUUCAGUAUCGGAGUAUUGAAGAGCGGUUCUGUGACUUUCAUUCCUCCACUACCUGACUGGAAGAUGGACAACCUGUUCCGAAUCAGACUGGAGAACUACGUCAGCGUGUACCUUAAGUUUCCUGAGACAUCGGCAAGAUUCUGGGAUAACACUGAAUUCAUCCUCUACGCAGACAAAAAACGUGGCGUGUAUCCUGUUUGGCAGAACUUGGAAGCUGAAGGACUGUUCCCGGUUGGAACCAACAUUCUCCAGAUGGUGACCCAGGGAGAAGAGGAGAACAGGAUAAGUCAACUCACUGACAGUGAUGUUAAGGACGAGGUGAUGGCGAUAUUGCGGAGAGUCUACGGUAAUGUAGCCGAACCUGAGGAUGUUUUCAUUCCGGACUUGAAGAACAAUCCAUUGUACAAGGGAUGCUUCUGCAACAUGGAAACAGGAACUCUUAGUCCCAAAGUAUUUGAUGCUAUAAGAGCACCAGUCGGGAGGAUCUACUUCGCUGGGGAAGCGUUUAGUUGGAAUGUGUCUUGUUAUGUUACUGGUGCUGUUGAAAGCGGAAUCCACACGGCUACUAAGGUAACUGAAUGUUCGAAAGGAACGUGCGAGGUUUAUGAUCCGAGAGAGCCAGGUCCGAGUACCGAGUCCCCGACGGUUGCAGCAUGUCCAUCGGGUGGGUUUCGACAGGACGGAGACAUAAGAAGAAUGGCCGUGCUUGUGGGCAUCGUGGUGCUUAUUGUUUCAUGUACAUAGUAACUGUAGGAUGGGUGGAUACAGGUGGACUGAAGACGUUCACAUACCAUCAAUCUACCAUAUGGAAACAGCUAUCAUCCAACAUAUAUAUUCUGAAUACUUGUUGUGAAUGACUUAGUUGAUAUUUCGAAUGCAUGUUAGUAUUAUAUGCAGAA